AGGUACCCGUUGAAAAGCUCCCUCUGACUCUCUCUCUAACUUUCUCUCUCUAAAUCCUCUAACUUUCUCUCUCUUAACUGUUGCUUAACGCCACGGCAGACUCCCUGCGUUUCAUUUCCACCUUACGUUUCUCCCUCUCACUAGCUUUCUCUCUCUAAAACUCCCCACCUCUUUGGUUUUAAGUACAGUGCCCCACCCCAGAUACUUUCUCUCUCUACACUCCUCAAUCUGCAAUUCCAAACCAACGAUGGACUCCACAGAGACCCAAUUCACUACCGGCACAGACAUCGAUAAUACGGACACUCCCCGAGCUUCGUCCACCGUCCAUCAAGCCCUCCAGCUCAUCCAAUCCGACGACUCGGAUUCGAAAAUCCAGGCGGCGAGAGAGAUCAGACGGCUCACCAAGACCUCCCACCGGUGUCGCCGUCAGUUCUCCGCCGCCGUCAAGCCACUCGUCGACAUGCUCCGUUCCGACUCCGUCGACUCCAACGAGGCGGCCCUUCUCGCCCUCCUCAACCUCGCCGUCAAAGACGAAACGAAUAAGAUUAGUAUUGUUGAUGCUGGUGCCUUAGAACCAAUCAUCAGUUUUCUUCACUCGGAGAGUCCAACACUGCAAGAGCACGCCACUGCAGCCGUACUCACACUAUCUGCUUCUUCAAUUAACAAGCCAAUCAUAAGUGCUUCAGGCGCAAUCCCUCUACUUGUUGAAGUCUUAAGGCAUGGGAGCCCACAAGCCAAGGCCGACGCCAUAAAGGCUCUUUACAACCUCUCCACGCUCCAAGACAACCUUAGCUUAAUUCUUGAAGCGGAGUCUAUUCCUUGUAUAGUUAACUUGCUUAAAACCUGUAAAAAAUCUUCAAAUACAGCUGAAAAAAGUAGCGCUCUUUUAGAAUCUUUAGUGGGUUUUGAGAAGGGUAGAACUGCACUGACAUCUGAAGAAGGUGGAGUGCUUGCAGUAGUCGAAGUGCUUGAAAGUGGGUCUCUUCAAAGCCGAGAGCAUGCAGUUGGGACCCUUCUGACAAUGUGUCAGAGUGACCGAUGUAAAUACAGGGAACCAAUUCUUAGGGAAGGUGUAAUACCUGGUCUUCUGGAGCUCACCGUUCAAGGAUCACCCAAGUCUCAGUCGAAAGCACAAACGCUGUUGCGGUUACUAAGAGAAUCUCCUUACCCAAGAUCUGAGUUUCAGCCCGACACGUUAGAGAACAUAGUGUGCAACAUUAUAUCUCAGAUUGAUGGCGAGGAGCAAUCUGGGAAAGCAAAGCAGAUGCUAGCUGAUAUGGUACAGGUUAGCAUGGAACAGAGCCUGAGACAUUUACAACAAAGAGCUCUGGUAUGCACCCCAACCGAUCUGCCUAUUUCUAGUUGUGCUUCUGAAGUUCCUUCAAAAUGAUUGUUUCGGUGUUUCAGUUUUUGUUUCUCUUUUUCCCUUUUCUUCCCGUUUACGUAUGGCUUUGUGAUAUCAAAUUUCCAGAGUAGGAAAAAAUAAGAUAUUAGUGAAGGAUGCCAGUCCAGGCCUUUGUCGUGGUACCGAGUGACUGGUAAGUGUCAAUAAUCUUGAAAUUGUACGUGUUUGAAAGCGUAGUUCUUUAGUUGGUUUUUGUAAAGUAACUGGUGUAUUAAAAGUUCUAUAAUCAGUAAAGAUUUUAUUUCUCCUUUUUUUCUCC